AUGGCUGAUGAAAUUACUGUAACCAAGAAUCGCGGUCGCGAUCCUCCCUUGCCGGACCAUUGCACGCCGCCCUGGCCCGCAGGUAAUGAUUCACAGUCGUCUCUGGACAACAGCAACGAUGCCUCUGGGGAUGUCCAUCCUGCCUCGCUCCAAUCGUUGCCCACGCUGUUCGGCGAUGGCUCGCGCGUCUACCCUGCCAACGAUGACAUCAAAGGGUUCCUGAAGUCUGACCUAGACCUCCACCGUCUGGAACAAAUAUAUGGCCAACUGUGGAUGGCAGGGCGUCCGCUGCGUGGACGCGCCUUGCACCGUUACAAGAUGCUCGGCUUCGAUGUCUACCGCACGCAACAAAUGGACCUGCACUUGCUCAAAUACCAGAACCGUAUCAUGAUGAAACCCCUACCGGAAUGGAUAUUCGAUUCUGGAUUCUGGGAAAAAUACAUUUGCGAUGAUAUCGAACUGCACAAAUCAGCUAGCGGGUUUUUGCUCUCUUACGUAUGGCUAAUCACGACUCCUUUGGACCUCAAAUUCGCGCAUGAAUACAGCCUGGUACCUUUAUCCAUCACCUGGCCGUGGUGGAAGAACUUCGUCAAAGUCUUCUAUGAGAAGAUCGACUGUAAUGCUCUCGACCAGGUCAACAAGCGAUAUCAUUUUGGGGAGCUGCGCCUGGGCCGUGUCAACAGCAUAUAUCGUACACGCUUCAUGUUCACACACUUCGUUCGCGGCUAUCUCUACGGCUACAAUCGGUAUGGCGUGUUCUUCCAACGCUACUCGUGGCUAUUGACCGUCUUCCUCUUCGUUUCGAUAGCACUAUCGGCGAUGCAGGUCGGCGUCAGCGUCUACCCUCUUUCAGAGAGCGGCGCAUUCAUGCAGGCUUCCUACGGAUUCGUGGUCUUAUCACUAGUCGCUGUCGCUGUUGUCUUACUCCUAGGAUUGGUCUUAUAUUGUUUCAUCUUCUUCUUCAAUAUGGUUGCAGCGAUCAACCACGCGAAAAGGAAUAUAAGCAUGCGAAACAAAUGGGCCGAAGAGCGAAAGGAAAAAUAA